AUGCGUUUAGUCAUUAGGGAAGACUCUGUAGAGGCUUCGCAGUACAUCUCUGAAUACAUCAUAUCUCGAAUCCUUGCAUUCAGCCCGACAGUUGACAAGCCAUUUGUCCUUGGUUUGCCUACUGGUGGCAGUCCAUUACACAUAUACAGAAAUCUCAUCCAAGCACACAAAGCUUCAAGAGUCUCUUUUCGUCAUGUUGUGACAUUCAACAUGGACGAAUAUGUCGGCUUACCUCGUGAACACCCCGAGUCUUAUUGCUCAUUCAUGCACCACAACCUCUUCAAGCACAUCGACAUACAGCCGGAGAGCAUCAACCUACUCAACGGCAAUGCUCCUGAUCUCUUUGCAGAGUGUGCUGAAUAUGAAGCAAAGAUUAAGUCCCUUGGUGGUAUUGAACUGUUCCUUGGGGGUGUGGGAACUGAUGGGCACAUCGCCUUCAACGAGCCGGGGUCCAGCCUUGUAAGCCGAACCCGAAUUAAGUCUCUCGCAUAUGAGACACGGAUCGCCAAUGCACGAUUCUUUGACAACGAUAUUGAACAAGUACCAGAGAUGGCGCUUACAGUUGGUGUGCAAACCGUGAUGGAUGCUCGGGAAGUGGUUAUUAUUGCCCUGGGUGCCUCUAAAGCUCUGGCCAUUCAGCAAGCUGUUGAAGGUGGAGUAAGCCAUCUUUGUACACUCUCAUGUCUUCAACUUCACCCAAGGAGCAUGGUGGUGGUAGACGAAGAUGCCACACUUGAGAUGAAGAUAAAGACGGUCAACUACUUCAAGGGUGUUGAGAAAACUAUGAGCCAAAAGAAGUCUUCUGGACUUCUACCUCCUUCGCCAACCCUAACAGCUGAUGGGGAUGACGACGGUGAUUUAAAGCCUGAUAACAUGGCGUCGCGUAUAGCACCCAUAACUAGAGUCCGAUCUGUCACAUUUCCUGUUGGAAUGUAA